UGUGCUAUGUCCCUCGGACACAGCGGAUCACUGAUCCACGGAAAGAGCCGAAGACGUCGGUUCGGUCAUGUGAUCAGCUGUGUCCAAUCACAGCUGAUCACAUGGGAGAUGUACACUGAUGAUCAGGGCACUGAUGAUCAGUGUGCCCUGAUGAUCAGUGUGGCCGCAGAAGUGCCAGCUGUCAGUAACCAUCAGUGCCACAUCAAUGCCACAUAUCAGUGCCUACCAGUGCACAUCACUGCCACAUAUCAGUGCCCAUCUGAGCUGCCUUUCAGUGUCACCCAUCAGUGCCAGUCAGAGCCACUUAUCAAUGCCAAUAAAUGCCGUCUAUCAGUGCUAGUCAGUGUCGCCUAUCAGUGUGCAUCAGUGCCGCCUAUCAGUGCCACAAAACAG